GUAGUUGAAUGAAUGAAUAAAUGCACAAGCGUUCUCCUUUCGAGCAUACUCCUGCAAACGAUGUCGCUCACACAGUCCAAGUAGUUAAAAAGUCUAGUUCCAAUGUCAAUAUUAUCCCUUUAAUAUUUGUGUUUAUAAUCGGAAGCUGGAAAUGAAAAAUUGUAAAAUUGGUAGUCGUGUCAGAUAUGAGACGCGAGAUUAACGCUCCAGCCAGCCUUGGCCCCGUCUUCUGAAUGCGGAUCUGUAAAUCCUGCCUAUUGUUGAGUGUGUGUAAACAAGUGAAACUGUGUUUAAAUCCAUUCGCCAUUCAAGGAUAACAAGUGGAAACUAGUUACCGAAAUUUUGCAUUACUUACCGAUGCCAAGUCCAUCAGGAAAAAGCCAAGGAAGAUAAUGUGAGACUGAAUGGAGAUGACCAUUGCAUUCGGAGUGAUAUGUGACUCGAAGGAUAGGAAUAAGGAUCGCCUUCGCGGUCAGCAUUGAAACACAAAAGUAGAUUGGAUAACGAAGUGUUGACGGAAUUCUGUGUGAUUUUUGGGAGCGUCUUUGAGGUUAGGAAUUGAUUUUUCCCAAAAAUCAGGAAGUAACUAGACCGGGAGGAAGAAUGAAUAAAGUUGAAAUAGCGUUGACGGAAAACUUAUUUUGUUUUCUUGUCAGACUCAUUAGUCGUAAUUAUCUACGUGUUUAGUGGUGUUGUUUGUUCAAGAACUCAACUGAUGACUCGUACGGAAGUGAUGUGCAUAGGAUAGUGCAGCACCUCAAAAGUUCACCCCCACUUUCCCAACCAGAAUGGAAUUCAUUAAAGUUUGUGUACUUUCCACUCAAAGGAAGUUCGUGUUUUGUAACUAUAUCUAAGCGUCGUCUCCACAUUUUGCUGGCUUCAUAAUUGCUGCGCAUUCAAAAAUAAAAGUACGUGCCUAUCAUGUAUUUAAAUGGGAGCCCCCCAAAAACGAAAAAUCUGGGGGGCUCCUUAACCUCCAAGGCGUCUACGAAAGCAUUGCAUUUAUUCACGGGUGGUAGCGUUGCAGCCACUACUUGUUCGCCGUCUACUGCAUCACUGUAUUCCAUGUCGACAUCGACAGUGUCCUCGUCAUCAUCGUCAUUAUCCUCCACCGCUUCUCUGUUGCAGAACUCUUCAUCAGGAUCAGGAUCAGGAUUGGGAAUAGGAUCGUCGGCUCAUAUACAUCAUUCAUCAUCAUCAUCGUCACGGCAUCAUCAUCACAAACGUUCGAAAAGAGUUGGGCCCUGGGGGGCUAGAGAACGAGCUGGAAUGAGCUUUUUGAUAGUGGUUGCAUUCUUUGCAGUUUUUGGACUCAUUAUCUUGACAGAGCUGUUCAUGAUUGACGAUAAACAGCAUGGCGGUAUGAUUGUGCUGCGACACGGUAACCUUGGCAGCAGACUAGGUGAUUCAAUGCCGGACUAUGAUAAUGUUAAGGAGGACUACGAUUUGAUAGACGGCAGUCUUCUCCUAGGUGAUAACAAACUAGCAUUCUUCCAGUUUCGUAGUGAUAGUAAAUUAAAAUUAUCAGAUCGCAUAGCAGGCGGUGCUCCUGUUGCGUCUGACUCGAAUGCCGCUGGUUUGGGUGGUACUGGUCCGGGUAAUCAUGGCACAGCCCAAGGACUUUCGAUUCCAUGGGGGCAAAUGUUACCAACGAAAAUCGAACAAACUCUACCCCACUUUCCAACUGGCAGUGAGCCAACCGAUGGCUCCUGGCAAGUUGUCAACGGAACACGCUUCAAGUUUUUCGUCUUCUCGGCCUACUACGAUCGACGAGAUGGGAAAAUGGUUCGAGUUAUUGGAGCGACGAAAACUCGUGGGCCAGAGAAAGUAUGGUGUCGUUUCUGGUAUUCAUACAAGGAUAUAAAUAAUCGAACUAAAUACUAUUCGGCAACGGUAAUGGCAAGAGUUAAGAUUAUCAGAGAAAAUUGGAAUCUUAAAUACAGCGCUUGCUUCGUGCUAUGUCCGCUUCGAGCGCCAGGAUUAUAUGUUCCUCAGGCGGUUAGUGUUGUUAGUCGAUUACGAGCACCGCCAGGAAAUAUCCUCACUGUUCGGAACACGGACCAGGAUAGUGAUUUCACUAAUCGAACACGCUCGCCUACUCAAGAUAUCCCCAAUAAAAUGGCAGUUUGCGUAAAACCAUUCCAUUUCAGCUAUAACAAGCCCCUUUAUUUGCUGGAGUUCCUCGAACUGAACACUCUUCUUGGAGUAUCACACUUUACAUUUUAUAAUCACACCCUGGGAUCGUAUGCAUCUUGUAUAUUGCAUCAAUAUGAACGAGGAAAUAUCCCAGAAAAUCUAACGGCCUAUGAUGAAUACGAUAAGGAAGCGUACGGAUUGGGAACGGCGGGAAUAUUGAAAAAUCGAAACACUACAAAAGCUCCACCGCAGGGCCUCGAGAGUGUUUACAUAAAACCUACAGUCGACAUUCUUUCCUGGAAUUUACGGAUGCGCUCCCAGAAAGAAAUUCGAACUGAGGGACUGUUUUCCGCGUUAAAUGAUUGCUUAUAUAGAAAUAUGUAUAGAUACGCGUAUUUAGCACUAAUCGAUCUAGACGAAUUUAUAAUUCCUCGGCAUAACGAUACACUGAUAGAUUUAACAAAUUGGUUAAAUACUCGAUUCGCGGGACGGAAUACGGGAGCAUACUCCUUCCAAAAUGCAUUCUUCUAUUUACAAUUUGCUGAUGACGUCCGAGUAUACGAUCAGCAAUCGAGUAAUCCUGCGCUUAGAGCAGCAUUGCUCACCCAACGAAAAACAAGAAGACGAUCUAAACUGCAUCCUCAAAAACAACGAUCAAAGUACAUAUGCAAACCAGAAGCAGUCGUAGAGGCUGGCAACCACUUUGUCUGGGAAUUCGUACCAGGAAAAGGGACUAUGAAUGUUCCUGCUGAUGCAGGAAUAUUACAUCAUUAUCGAGUGUGUGAAUUCGGUGGUGACGACUGCAUCAAAGCACCCUCCCUAGUUGAUCGCACCGCCCUCAAAUAUCAGCGACGUCUACUCGAUCGUGUCGAGACCGUCUACAACUACUUGAAGCGACCUUGUAACUUACCUGAUAUCCCGCCUCCUCCUACAAGGCCACCACCUACUCGAAAGAAAACUCUCCAUGUCAAGAAUAGCACAAAUAGCGCGCAAAACGCCGUUGAUACAAGGAACGGCGGCAAAAUACUGAAAAAUGUUGAUAAGAUUAAAGCUAAAAUGGUUGCCUAGCAUAAACGAUAAUUGAAAAUGAGGAUAAAUGUGAAACCAAAGAGAAAAUGUAUUUUUUAGGAUUUUAUGUUAAUUCGUUUUAUUACAUUAAGGUUCGAAAAUAAUGGAACUUAGGAGGAUAGACUUCAAACAGAAGAAAAACAGUCGAAUAAGGAUGUUUUUACCAAAUAUGUAGACAUGAUUCAAUAAGUUUUAUAGAACUUAUGAAAGAAGUAACCAGGAAGAAUUAGUACUUUCUUAUAUUUAUUUGAUGCAGCAAUUAUCAAAUUUGUAUAUUUCAUAAAAACGAAGAAACUUAAGCAACAAUUCUUUUUUUGGCGCACAAAUUUAUCCUUCAAGGUAUUUCAGCUUUUAGUUAGGCCUAAACGAUAUUAAUUUAUACAUACCAAAGCUUAUCGCGCAAUUUCAAUAAAUACCAUUAUCCUAGAAAAUUCCCAAUCCCGAAAUACAAUAACUGAAACCUCAAACUAGAGUCCAUGAUAAAUAUAGAGAAAAAUUCGCUUCUAUUCAUCCAUUUCAAACUAAUAUAUGCCAACCGAAAAAAUCAGCCUGCACUGAAAAUCCUGAAAAUUAUGGAUAAAUUAUUAAUUUGAAAGAGAUAUAAACUGCACUGAGCCUUGCAAUUGGUUAUGACCAUUCUAUUAUUGGAAAAAUCAUGAAAAUAUUUCAUAGCGUCGAAACUAGGAAGAUUCGUUUCAUUUUAAGGAUGCGCUUUGCAAUUGGGAUUUAGGAUAAAAACGGUCUACAUGAAUCCCUCGAGAUUCUGCUGCUCAGGCAAGGCCGACCUAUAUGCAUACAUAUUUUCCUGUUCUUUAGGCAAUUCAAUAUACUAAAACGCUCAUGCUUCUGCACGUGAUCAACCAGGGUGGUGUAAAAUGUAGACCAUCGUCAUGAGAGUUUUACAUUAAACUGGGAACUGCAGUCAAUGCUGAAGCAUAUUUCAUUCUGCCGUGUCUAUCUGGCCCAUUCUGGUAAACACAACGCUAUGCCAUUCACUAGGUAGCAUAAAGCAGUCGCAUGGUGGAAGCAGGUCGGUGGAGAAAAUUCUUUUUGAAAAUUAUUCAGUGCAUUACAAAAUCCUAUUAUAUACCCUAGAGACUGUAUAAAAUUUCAAUUUAAGUUUUGCCUUCGGUAUAAUGUUAACGAGAGAUUUUGAAUCCCGAAUUGAGGCAUUUUAUUACCCUUUGGAAUAUAUUCUAAUAUAAUAUUUUGAAAAUGGAAAAAUAUUCUGUUUGAAAUGUGGAACUAAUGGUGGCAAAAUUAUGAGAAUUGUAAUGACGAUUAUUCUAAAAUCAUAACCAGAAACUUACAAAAGUGAAAAACAACUCCAAAUAAAAUAAACAUAUUUAAACAAAAUU